AUAGAUUAAAUAUGUCUUGUGCACACACAGGUACUGUACCUGUUAUCAAAGUUAUCACUCACAGCCCCGCUGUUUCAAGUCCCUCGACAUACACUCACUCCACACAUUCUCUUGUGUUAUUAACAAGUACAAAACCUUGUUCCUAAAUGCUAAUCUUGAUCUGAAACUUUUCCUUGAUAGAUGUAAUGACCUCCUCAUAGUUUCCUAGUUUGUGCUUCAAACUAUUUUAUGCUACCUACUGCACCAAUUUUAGUAUUUAAGAUGUGCGACUUUAGUGUAAUCAGUGUCAUCAAUUUAUAUUAUAGUUAUUAUGUGACCUUCAAGAUGGUGAGCAGUGAAGGAGAGGUUAACAUUGAGCAUGAAAUGCAGAGGGUAACCAAGUUGACGAGUUCAGUUGUGGCCAAACUCGCUAGUACCAAUGUUGGCUCACUCGUCACAUCUGCAAAGGAUUCCUUCACUAGUGCAGUUCAGACUAAUGAUCAUACCCAGCAAUUGCUGGAUGAGAGAUUGGAAGAAUUAUUGCAUGUUCAAGAAAUGGAAAAGUGUACACUUGAUGAGCUGCGAUCACAAACCCUGGGUCCUCGAGCACAACAUCUCCUGUCUCAGAUUGCUCAGGCUAACAGAGAAAAGAGUGACGUAGAAAACGAGAUUGCUUCAUUGGUUUCCAGUAUUGUUAAUUUGGAACAGCUUGACAACCAGCUGAACACUAGAACCAAAUCUACAAUCCUGCAUAAUUCCACUUCCAUCCCUAAAAUGAAAGCUGAUAUCAGUACAUUCACAAAAAUCUCCAACCUGAAAUGGGAUUACUGUGCUCCUGAGGACGUAGUCAAGGGUUUUAUUUAUCAACCUCAAAAGAGAGACAUUAUCCCAUUCAAGUUUGACAAAGGCUCUCACUCACAGUUCUUCAUCACCAACUUCCUGUGGGAGCAGAUAGGGACAGAUAAUGACUUCCUUCAGUAAGGAGAGCUGAUCACCACCUAAACCUUUGAUGCAUCUUGAUGCUAACAUUACUGUAUUUGCCUAUAAUGUAUGUGUGUGUAUAUUUUAAUCAUCCACAUGUUUCAAAAUAUGUAUGGGUCAUAUAGAUUCUUUUGCCAAUUGUAUUGAAAUAAAUGUGUAUAUAUAUAUUAUAUAUAUAAAAUAAACUUCAAUUAUCUC